CUCUUCAUUCUCUCUAUCGUCAUCAUUCUUCGAUCUCUCGAACGCAAAAUCGAUCUUGUUCAAAUGACAUCAUCCAACACACCAUCCACCGGCGAUAAAGGUCUCGUCGUGAGCUUCGGUGAGAUGCUCAUUGACUUCGUCCCCACGGAAUCCGGCGUCUCCCUCUCUGAAUCCUCCGGAUUUCUCAAAGCUCCCGGUGGUGCUCCGGCCAACGUCGCCAUCGCCGUCUCACGUCUCGGAGGUCGUGCCGCCUUUGUAGGAAAACUCGGGGACGAUGAUUUCGGCCAUAUGCUUGCCGGAAUCUUGAGAAAGAACGGCGUCGACGAUCAGGGGAUCUAUUUCGAUAAAGGAGCAAGAACCGCACUCGCUUUUGUGACUCUGCGUUCCGAUGGAGAACGAGAGUUUAUGUUCUACCGGAAUCCCAGCGCCGAUAUGCUUCUCCGGCCAGACGAACUCAACCUCGAACUGAUCAGAUCCGCGAAAGUGUUCCACUAUGGAUCAAUAAGUUUGAUAACAGAGCCAUGUAGAUCAGCUCACAUGAAGGCAAUGGAAGUGGCGAAAGAAGCCGGAGCUCUUCUUUCCUACGACCCAAACCUGAGGGAACCUCUUUGGCCAUCACCUGAAGAAGCUCGGACUCAGAUCAUGAGCAUCUGGGACAAGGCUGAUAUCAUUAAGGUCAGUGACGUCGAGCUUGAGUUCUUGACCGGGAACAAAACGAUCGAUGAUGAGACAGCUAUGUCUCUGUGGCAUCCCAAUUUGAAGCUCUUGCUUGUUACACUUGGCGAAAACGGAUGUCGUUACUACACUAAGGAUUUCCAUGGAUCUGUUGAAACUUUCCAUGUGGACGCGGUGGAUACUACUGGAGCUGGUGAUUCUUUCGUUGGUGCGCUUCUAAGCCAGAUUGUUGAUGAUCAAUCUGUACUCGAGGAGGAAGAGAGAUUGAGAAAAGUGCUGAGAUUUGCAAAUGCUUGUGGAGCCAUCACGACGACUAAAAAGGGAGCCAUUCCAGCUCUUCCUUCAGAUUGUGAAGCUCUCAGUUUUCUUAAGAGACAAAUAGAACCGUAAAACUUAUCUUUUAUGUCCACAAUUCUCCUUGUCUAUUGUAAAUUUGGAGUCUUGCUGAUGAUUCUGAUCAUUUGUAAUGAAAGGAUCCCAAAGGUUUUUUCUUUUUCUGUUUGUCUUUACUUCUUCUUCUUCAUUGUAUUGAAUAAAACAGACUUGUGGCUUCUAAGCUUUUCUUGCUAAUAGAUAACAAAGAGUUAU